UUGGUCGAGAAAUGGGGGCUGACGCCUGUCCUCAGGCCGAGGCAGGAAUGCCCCCGGGCCCAGGAACCAGGCGAAGACCAAAGGUCAUUACCAAAGCUUUACAACUCGGAAGAGGAACAAGGGAGACCACCUCAGGGUGGAGUAGUGACAUUCGAGCCGAUCCAGCACGAUCACGACUUCUGCGAGAGGGUGGUGAUCAAUGUGAGCGGUUUGAAAUUCGAAACACAACUUCGGACUUUGAACCAAUUCCCGGAGACUUUGCUGGGCGAUCCCGCGCGGAGAAUACGGUAUUUUGAUCCUAUACGGAACGAAUACUUCUUCGACCGUAAUCGCCCUUCUUUCGACGCAAUCCUGUACUACUAUCAAAGCGGAGGGCGGCUUCGCCGUCCUGUUAACGUACCGCUGGACGUAUUCUCCGAAGAAAUUAAAUUUUACGAACUUGGCGAACAAGCCACAAACAAAUUCCGUGAGGAUGAGGGCUUCAUAAAGGAGGAGGAGAAACCCUUGCCCGCUAACGAGCGCCAGCGCAAAAUCUGGCUCCUCUUUGAAUACCCAGAGAGCUCCCAAGCGGCCCGAGUUGUUGCAAUUAUCUCCGUGUUUGUAAUUCUCCUGUCAAUUGUUAUCUUCUGCCUCGAGACCCUCCCAGAGUUCAAACAUUACAAAGUGUUCAACACCACAACCAACGGCACCAAGAUCGAGGAAGACGAAGUACCAGACAUCACAGAUCCGUUCUUCCUCAUCGAGACGCUGUGUAUAAUCUGGUUUACCUUCGAGUUGAUAGUGCGGUUUUUGGCUUGUCCGAACAAAUUUAAUUUCUUCAGAGACGUCAUGAACAUCAUAGACAUAAUUGCUAUUAUUCCCUAUUUCAUCACUCUUGCUACUGUGGUUGCUGAAGAAGAGGAUACCUUGAACUUACCUCGAGCGCCUGUAUCCCCACAAGAUAAAUCCACCAAUCAAGCAAUGAGCCUCGCUAUACUCCGUGUGAUUCGUCUGGUGCGAGUCUUCAGGAUUUUCAAAUUAUCUCGCCACUCCAAGGGUCUUCAAAUUCUUGGACGCACUCUAAAAGCGUCUAUGCGUGAGCUCGGACUUCUAAUAUUCUUCUUAUUUAUAGGUGUGGUGCUGUUUUCCUCCGCGGUGUACUUCGCUGAAGCCGGAAGUGAGAACAGCUUCUUCAAAUCCAUACCUGAUGCGUUUUGGUGGGCGGUCGUGACAAUGACGACCGUAGGAUACGGAGACAUGACGCCGGUUGGAGUGUGGGGCAAGAUCGUGGGAUCACUCUGUGCGAUCGCUGGCGUACUCACCAUUGCUCUGCCUGUACCCGUCAUCGUGUCCAAUUUCAACUACUUCUAUCACCGUGAGACUGAUCAAGAGGAAAUGCAAUCACAAAACUUCAACCACGUCACCAGUUGUCCGUAUCUACCAGGGACUAUGGGGGAGCCUUACUUGAGUGGGAAGGACGAUGAGAAGGACGACGUGUGCGGUGAACAGUGA